GGCCAAUGGGAUUCGAGAAGGCGUGGCUCCGGUCGGCCAGACUCACGUGGGGCUGAUGUGUUGCGUUCCGGAGGAGUAAUGGAGGGACGCACGAGGAACUCUAGCAAGUGAUUAUUGAACAUAAACAUCAAUUCUUUCAGUGGAAGACUGUAUGUAACCAGCUAGUCAAACAUCAUCAUCCCCAUGGAUUUCUCUAUAGACCUUCAUUUUUAAUGUGGACAAAGUCAUCGGAGCAUCUCGAUUCUGGAUCAGAGCUUCAGUAGCUUUGGGCAGCGGUCCGAGGAGAACUUGUGGGAAAUGCCGGGAGGAGACGGCUUUCUCGAUGGAGAAGAGGAGAUCUCUUCUCCAGGAUCCAGCAAGCAUUCGGGACAGACGGACCAUGCUAACAGCGGGCAGGACCCCGGGACCAGCGGAGCAGGGUCCGGAUCGGGUUCAGGUGAGGAGGAGGAAGCCGAGGAGCAGCGAGGAAGGAGCAGCAGAGAGGAGAGUUCAGCAGGCUGUGAGGAGAGCGGAGGAGAGCAGACGCACGAGGAUGUGGACAUGAACAGCGCUCACGACUCCAGUGUCGGAGGCUCACGACAUCAUCAUUCCUCGGCCAGCUGCAGCCCAGGAAGCACCAAGAGCUCCAAAUCUGCCACUGGUUCCUCGUCGUCCAGUUUUCACAGCGCUCAUCACACAGAGUGCAGUGAGCAGACGGAGCACGGGCGUGAGCAGACGCACCGAGAGAUGAUGCAGACGGUGCAGGAGAUGAAGAAACGGCUGCCGUCGGAGAAGAGAAGCCGCAGUAAAGCCAGUACUGUGGAGGCGCUCAACUACGCACUGAACUGUGUCAAACAAGUACAAGCAAACAGCGAGUACUACACCUUACUAAUGAGCUCCGGACUGGAGGAGAGACGAGACACUACUGUGUGCACGCUGGAGGAUCUGGAGGGAAUCACAUCCGAACACACGCCCAAAAACACUGACACGUUUGUGGUGGUCUUCUCUCUGGCCUCUGGGAAGGUGGUUCACGCGUCUGAACAGGCGUCCAGCGUGCUUCACUGCAAGAGGAAGUUUCUGGAAUCUGCCAAGUUCGUGGAGCUGCUGUACCAUCAGGACGUCAAUGUGUUUUACUCGCACACGGCGCAGCCGCGACUGCCGCCCUGGAACCUGGGCACAGACAGCGCAGCGCUUCUGUUUGAAUGCGCCCAGGUCAAGUCCUUCUUCUGUCGAAUCAGAGGAGGGAAAGAUAGAGAUGGAGAGAUGCGUUAUAGUCCUUUCCGGAUCACUCCAUACCUGCUGAAGGUUCGGGGACCGAGCGCAGAGGAAGAGCCAUGCUGUCUGGCCCUGGCCGAACGCAUCAUCUCAGGAUAUGAGGCCCCUCGCAUUCCCAUGGACAAGCGCAUAUUCAGCACGACUCAUUCACCAGGCUGUGUCUUUUUAGAAGUGGACGACCGUGCGGUGCCUUUGCUCGGUUACCUCCCUCAGGACCUGAUCGGUACCUCAGUUCUGACCUGCCUGCAUCCAGACGACCGCAUGCUCAUGCUGUCCAUGCACCGCAGAAUUCUGAAGUACGCGGGCCAGCCUCCGUUUGAACACUCACCCGUCCGGUUCCAGUGUCAGAACGGGGACUACGUCACCCUGGACUCCAGCUGGUCCAGCUUCAUCAACCCCUGGAGCCGUAAAGUGGCCUUCAUCAUCGGAAGGCACAAAGUUCGCACUGGACCUCUGAAUGAGGACGUUUUUUCUGCACGGAGUAAACCUGAGCAGCCAGGCAUGUGUGAGGACGUUAAAGAGCUGCAAGCCAUGAUCUACAAGCUCUUCUCACAGCCUGUACACAAUAAUGGAUCCAGUGGCUAUGGCAGUCUGGCUAGUAACGGCUCUCACGAGCAACACAUCAGCGUGGCCUCGUCCAGCGACAGUAAUGGAAACCUCUGGGAGGAUUCGCACAGAGAACGAAUGACAUUGCAGCGGUUUUGUGCUGAUGUCAGUAAAGUGAAGAGCUGGGGCCAGCAGGCGUAUCUGGACUCCAGGAGGAAGCUCACACCUUUAGGACCAGCCACUGCAGUGGCGGCAGCAGGCGUUUAUCCUGAUACCAGUCAGGGUUUGGGAAUUAGAGAUCAUCUAAAGCAGUCUCUUCAAGAAGCCCGGAAACAACCACACAUCCCAUCCUACCAGCAGAUCAACUGUGUGGACAGCAUCAUCAGAUAUCUGGAGAGCUGUGCGACGUCUCCUCUGAAACGAAAGAGCGAAUCUCUGUCCAUCACUACGUCAUCUUCAUCCUCCAUGUCUGAGGAAGACAAACCCACAGCGGCCGCACAUGAAGACGAGGGCGCUGGUGCUCUGGACAGCCAGGUGUCUGCGGGAUCGGUCACGACGGCAGCGGUGGUGGGAGCGCCGCUCACAGACAUUACAAUCUCCACAGAAGCCAUGAGCGUGGUGUCCGUCACCAGUCAGUGCAGUUACAGCAGCACCAUAGUGCACGUCCCACAGCCCGAGUCGGAGGUCACAGCUUUAGAAGAUGCUCCAAUGGGGAGUGAACCUACAGACUCCGCCCCCACUCCUGCAUGCCCCGCCCCCAGCACCUCCUCCUCAGCGGCUCAGGAGGAGUUACUCGUGUUGGGUCUUACUAAAGAGGUGCUGUCGGCCCACACCCAGAAGGAGGAGCAGCAGUUCGUAGAUCGUUUCCAACAUCGUAUCCUGCAGAGUCCUUACAGCUCCUACCUCCAGCAGGACAACAGCAGCAAGGCCCAUUCUCAUCACAGAGCUGAUGUUGUGCGUCCUCCAAACAAGCACAAGCGUCCCAAACCAGAAGACUCGUCUGACAGCUACGGCUCCCAGCCGGGCAACUACUGGUCACUUCCCAGACCCACAGGAGCGCCUCAUUCCUCCUGGCCGUCCUCAGAGUCGUCUCAGCCCCAGCCAUCCAACAUCGGCUUUGUGCCGCCCAUGGCAGUGCCCAUGCAGUCGGCCCCUUACUUCACGGUGCUCGGUGCAGGUCAGCAGCCCAUGGUGGUCCAGCCUGACCAAGGUGUCCAGAACCUCCAACCCAUGCAUCCCAUGAGUCCCAUGAUGGUCGUCCUGCUUCCUAAUUACCCCAUGUACCCCGGCAACAAUGGCAUGUAUCUGCAGGGGAUGCCCGUCCCGGCACCUGGAGUCGUUCCCCAGCCUCCCUUUAAUAUGUGUGGCUACAUCCCGCCUGGUGGCCACAUGCCACAUGGGUCUCCAUCUCAGGAGCAUCCUCCAGGACCCAGCGUCACAGGAGCUGGGAUGCCACCGGGAGCCUCAGCGGAGGUCGACUCGAUACCUGCCCCCUGGUUUGGGGAAGACCUUGAUGCAGCACAACCUACAGCACUCUUCUCCAGCUCUCGCUCCAGCUCACCCAUCCAGCUGAACUUACUCCAGGAGGAGCUGACCAAACCCACCGAAGCCCAGAACAGCACCGGUCCAGAGAGUCUGCAUGAGCACCACGCCAGAGCGGAGGACGCUCCCAGCGAGUCGGGGAACCAGGAUGCCCAUUCUACCUCCAGCGAAAUGCUUGAGCAGUUGCUACAGGAGGACGCCCGCUCAGGAACCGGCUCCAACGCCUCAGGCAGUGGCUCCGGGGAGUUGGGAGGCUCUUUGGGCUCCGGCUCGGGACUCUGCUCUAACAGAACAUCUAGCAGUCACACAGGCAGCAGCAAUAGCAGCAAGUACUUCGCCAGCAACGAUUCGUCAGACACAUCACGGAAAGCACGCAAGUCCACGGAGGCCCAGGACAAGGAGCAUACGAGCUUUAAAAAGAACGAGGACAACCCAGUAUGGAGCAUGAUCAAGCAGACGCCCGAACCCCACAUGAUGACCUAUCAGAUCUGCCCCAGGGAUCAGGCCCAGGUUCUUCAAGAAGACCGGGAGAAGCUGGUUCUGAUGCAGCCCAUGCAGCCCUGGUUCACGCAGGACCAGAAGAAAGAGCUGGCCGCGGUCCAUCCCUGGAUCCAUCAGCACAGCGUCCCACAGGAGAUCAACACACAGGGUUGUGUGAGUUGUAACACCAUGGAACCGGGUCAAAAUCUGAACCUUCAGACUGAUUGUCCAAACCCUCCCACUCCGGUCAGCUCCGGUCCGUCACAGGACACCAGACCCAACACAGACACCUGACCACAGACCCCGCUGGACCUCCAGGCCUCUGGGACUCAGGGAUUUUUCUGCUUUCACAAGAGAGAGACACCUGCAUCUGUGUGCCAGUCUCUCAUAACUCCUCCUGAGGACAUGAAACCGCGUCAGAGUGAGUUUGGACAAUGAGUGACGCUCGCCACGUGACCAUGCAUUUCUCUCUGCUGUUCUCCGUUACAGUCCAUGGACCCCGACAGCUGUGAAUAUCAGACUUUAAUUGGGUAGUGGUGUCAUAAGAGUACUUCAUAUUUUGCCCGAAUGUUUUUGUUCAUUAAUAAUGUGUCCUCUACUGAAUCUUGCUGGCUCAGGAGGGUUUAUGAUCUCCAAGAAGUCCCUGCAAUGAGUUUCCUGACCACUUGCGCAGAUAUAAAUGCGUGUAAAAACAUUAGCACUCACCGCUAAAAUCUAACAGCGUCUACGAAUGAAAAGGAAUGAGAUUUAGUCCAGAGCACAAAGAUCUUCAAUCCUUAUUGAGUUCAUCCAAUCCAAAUGAAUAAUUUGAAUGAGGCCUUAAAUAAGUUUUUCUGUCAAGAGUUUGUUUAUUUUUCUUUUCUCAAUUUCAAAUAUUUUUUCCAAUAAACAUGUGUUUGAAUGAUGUCUAACAAUGUCAUGCUCUGGUAUAAAACUCUCAGUGAUGGUGUAAUGAGAAUAUACAGAAAGUUUUCUGUUGUGUCUGUUGGGUUGAUCGCACAUUUUACCCCAAAAAAAAAGAUUUUUGUAAAUUUACAUAUAAAAAGGAUGACCAUUAUGAUUGUUAGCAUUGUGACAUUUAUUUUCAUCAUUUGAAUUUGGGAGGAAAAUCUGAUUAAUUGUCAAAAUACAAAGUAAUUUUUAUUUAUGCAUGAUUAUUAUAAUACAGUAUAUAUUAUUAUACAGUACAGUAGCUGUCACUGGGACAGUACCCUUUCAUAUGUUACACCUUUGUACCAUAUUUACCACUACAGGGUCCAUAUUAGUACCUCAAGGCUCCGUAUUAAUACCCUUUCAAUUUCUCAAAUCCAUCAUAAAGUAGAUAAAAAGACAGUGCAGUUUACCGUAUUAUUUUCUCCAAACUUCGUUUUUGUCCACUUGUCUUUUUUAUUUAUUAACCUGUAUUGAUCUGCGUCAGAGCUGACGUGUCGUUGUGUUUUCUGUGCCGUUCCUGAAGUCAGAUUAGACUCCGUUACUUUAGAGGCUCGAUUACUGACCCGUCAGUCCCACCCCAACAGAAAACCUAUGAUCUGUACAGUUUUGUGAUCAAAGAUACAUUUUGUAAAAUUUUUAGAAUGUAAAUAUCAGUCCAGUGUAUUUUACGGAGAAAAAAAGGUGCAAAAUACAACAAACUGUAUGAAAAAAAAGCCAUUUCGUGUCAAAUUCAGGGAAAUAUUUUGACACCACAUGAUAACUAUGAAUAAAAUACCACAGUGACUCCAA